AUGUGUUGCUUUCGUCGAAAACGUAUCAUCGAAACCAAACAUGAAUACGGAGAGGGAGCGGCGCAGGCGAUUGCAGCACAUACUGGCGACUCCAACGCCCACGAAUGCUACGACACGGUCGGCGUCGGCGACAUUGAUAUUCAGUCCUACAUACUAGGCAGAGAGAGGGCGGAUUUGCAGAUGAGCCGGCGAGAAGCAAGAAAGAUGUUUGAGCAGGCAGCUCAGACAGGAUACGUACAGUAUGAGAACUACGAGAUCACGCUUCGUGCUGAGGUCGAAGAGCGGUUGCGCGAACGCGAGCGAGAAGACUCCGAGUCGGUCGAGAUAAUCUAA